UGAAGCUGUGCGCAGCUGAAAAAUUUAUAGGCAAAACAAGACAUGAGAUGAAAGCCGGGACUAGAGCAGCUGCCCUAAAGCAAUGUCUGGUUCUCGAGUAAUCCGGAGUGGGAUCUGGUACCAUGCCGGUGGAACGGAUGCGGAUGCGCCCGUGGCUGGAGGAGCAGAUAAAUUCAAACACGAUACCAGGGCUAAAGUGGCUGAACAAGGAAAAGAAGAUUUUCCAGAUCCCCUGGAUGCAUGCAGCUAGACACGGUUGGGACGUAGAAAAGGAUGCUCCACUCUUUAGAAACUGGGCAAUCCAUACAGGAAAGCAUCAACCAGGAGUAGAUAAACCAGAUCCGAAAACAUGGAAAGCAAAUUUUCGAUGUGCCAUGAAUUCCUUGCCCGACAUUGAGGAAGUGAAGGACAGAAGCAUAAAGAAAGGAAACAACGCCUUCAGAGUCUACCGGAUGUUACCCUUAUCUGAGCGACCUUCCAAGAAAGGAAAGAAACCAAAGACAGAGAAAGAAGAGAGAGUUAAGCACAUCAAGCAAGAACCAGUUGAGUCAUCUUUGGGGCUUAGUAAUGGAGUAAGUGGCUUUUCUCCUGAGUAUGCGGUCCUGACUUCAGCUAUAAAAAAUGAAGUGGAUAGUACGGUGAACAUCAUAGUUGUAGGACAGUCCCAUCUGGACAGCAACAUUGAAGAUCAAGAGAUCGUCACUAACCCGCCAGACAUCUGCCAGGUUGUAGAAGUGACCACCGAGAGUGAUGACCAGCCAGUCAGCAUGAGCGAGCUCUACCCUCUACAGAUUUCUCCUGUGUCUUCCUACGCAGAAAGCGAAACUACCGACAGUGUGCCCAGCGAUGAGGAGAACGCAGAGGGGAGACCACACUGGCGGAAGAGGAACAUCGAAGGCAAGCAGUACCUCAGCAACAUGGGGACACGGAACAACUGUCUGCUGCCUAGCAUGGCGACCUUUGUCACUUCCAGCAAACCAGAUCUGCAGGUCACCAUCAAAGAGGAGAGCUGUCCAAUGCCUUACAACAGCUCCUGGCCGCCGUUUACAGACAUCCCCCUUCCUGCCCCAGUGACCCCCACGCCCAGCAGCAGUCGGCCGGACCGGGAGGCCCGGGCCAGUGUCAUCAAGAAGACAUCUGAUAUCACCCAGGCCCGAGUCAAGAGCUGCUAAGCCUGUGGCUCUCCCUGGUGGUUGUUGGGAUUUCUUAGCUUUGUGUUGUUAUUUGUUUGUAUUUUAUUUUUUCUCUAUGAUACCUAUCUUAGACAAAUCUAAGGGAAAAAGCCUUGACAAUAGAAUAUUGAUUGCUGUGUCCGACUCCAGAGCUGGAGUUUCUUCUUAACUCAGGACUCCAGCCCCGCCUCGGUAGAUGCGUAUCUCUAGAACCUGCUGGAUCUGCCAGGGCUACUCCCUCAAGUUCAAGGACCAACAGCCACACGGGCAGUGGAGGUGCUGCAUUGCCUACGGUCAAGGCCAGCAUGGUGGAGUGGAUGCCUCAGAACGGAGGAGAAAAUGUGAACUAGCUGGAAUUUUUUUAUUCUUGUGAAUAUGUACAUAGGGCAGUACGAGCAAAGUUGCGGUCUGCUUCUGCACCUUAUCUUGAAGCACUUACAGUAGGCCUUCUUGUAAUCUCGCUCCCCUUCACAGCACACUUGGCGGCCCCUUCUGUGUCCAUUACCCCACUACCCACCCCUCCCUCCUCAAUCCCUCCAUCCCAGCCCUCCGUGUACCCCUCCCUCCCCAACCAGUUUUAUACCACCCCUAUACUCAGCCCUCUCUCCCCAACCCAUCCUGUCACAACCCACUACCCACCCUUUCCUUCCCAACCCCUUCUGUCCCACCCCACCACCCACCCCUUUCCUCCUCAACUCCUCCACCCUAACCCAUUAACUACCUGUCCCUCCUCAACCCAGCCUACCCCAGCCCACCCUGUCCCUUCUUUCCAUUUCUUCUCCUCAAAGGCAAGGUUCUACAUCUUGGAGGAGGAGGAGGAGGAAGAGGAGGAGGAGGAGGAGGAGGAGGAGGAGGAGGAGGAAAUGAAUUUCUUCACAGCUGUCCCAUUUUAAGACUGCUUGAAUAAAAAAAAAUCUUUCUAAUCUGCUAUGCUUGAAUGCCACGCGGUACAAAGGAAAACUGUCAUGGAAAUAUUAUGCAAAUUCCCAGAUCUGAAGACGAAAAUACUCUAAUUCUAACCAGAGCAAGCUUUUUUAUUUUUUUAUACAAGGGGGAUAUUUUAUUCAAGGUAAAAAUUCUAAAUAAAAUAUAAUUGUUUUUUAUCUUUUCUACAGCAAAUUUAUAAUUUUGAGAUUCCUUUUCCUGUUUAUCAGCAGUUGUUAUUACAUCCUUGUGGCGCUUUUUUUUUUUAAUUUUGUAAAGGUGAAAAAAAAACUUUUAUGAGCUCAUGUAGCAAUCAAAUUAUCCUGUGGAUUGAUAAUAAAUGAAUAUGGUAUAUAGUUAAAAUUUUUAA